AUGGGCUGUUCCGUCAUCACGACGAAUCGUAUCUCUGUGGAACAUCUGGAAGAGAUGCUCAUCAGUCAAUAUAACCAUGAUUUCAGUGAAAAGACAUCAGUGGAACGAGAAGAUGAUCCUGCGUUACCAAACAAUCGCUGUGUGGCAAAGCAGCGGCUUCAAGGCCUGAAGAGGAAAUUUGAGAAAGAUAUCAAGUACAAGGAGGAGUACACUUCAUUUCUCAGUGACAUGUUGGAUCAAGGUUAUGCUGAGAUGGUACCCACAGAACAGCUGGAACAAGAUGAUGGAAAAGUGUGGACUUCAGUGCAGGAACGGCAGCAAACUAGGAGAGGAAUUCUGUCUGUGGUGAGCUCGCUGUAUGAUCCACUAGGAUUUUUGGCUCCUUUCACCAUGUCAGCCAAGUUAAUGUUGCAGGAGCUCUGUAGAAGAAACCUGAUGUGGGAUGAACAAAUUCCCCCCUCCUUCUCCAAGCAAUGGUCUGAUUGGCUGAGCGAUCUUCAAAAGAUGAGUGCAUUCACAGUUGAACGCUGUAUCAAACCUCAUGACUUUGGCACAUUUGUGACAGCGCAAAUCCAUCAUUUUUCUGAUGCAAGUCAAGUUGGUUAUGGAACAGUGUCUUACUUGAGAGUGGAAGAUGGUGAUAAAGUGCACGUGGGAUUUCUUGUGGGGAAAGCCAGAGUUGCUCCCCUGAAGCAAAUCACCAUUCCUCGCCUGGAGCUCACAGCAGCCGUUCUCGCUGUCCGAGUGGAUGCCAUGUUGCGAAAGGAGCUACAGUGGCAGGUGGAGAGGUCGAUGUUUUGGACUGAUAGCACGACCGUCCUCAAGUACAUCUGCAAUGAAACUAGACGUUUCCACACCUUCGUUGCCAACAGAGUCUCUGUUAUUAGAGAAGCUACGGAUGUUGGUCAGUGGAAAUAUGUGAGCACGAAGAUCAAUCCUGCAGAUGAAGCAUCACGUGGAUUGACUGCUGAGGAGCUUCUUACAAAUGGAAGAUGGAUUAAAGGCCCGGAGUUCCUCCGUUUGUCAGAAAAAGAGGCCCUGUGUCAAGCAUGA